UUGUCGAGUUUCUUCGGUUAAAAGCGAUCAUGCCAGGGACAAGCUGAUGACUUUUCGAAUAUCUGCAAUGAUGUGACAAUAAAGAUAUCUCCUCCUGUAUCUUCUUCGAAUCACGGGAGAUUCUCCCUGCAAACAUAUACAGAAAAUACACAGUGCUUCCCGUAACAAAACUAUAAAACAAGGCGAGGUUAACAAACCAAAAAAAAAAAAAAGACAAAGUGAUUCUAUCCACCGAUAGAAUCGGUGCUUAAUGAAAACGGUGCCAAAAGUCGAUAGACAAGCCAAUUAAAGUGAAUUUUCACGUAGCCAUCACACCACAUUUCCGACGAAUAUCGGUAACGACUGAGUAAUGAAAAAAAGCGAUUGAAAAAAGGAAGAAAGAAAGAUCGGUCGGAGGCAUACAACACCGCACCAUUUCGAUUUUGAAUUGAAACAUACAUAAAAAAAAGGGAAAAGGGAAACAGCAGCAGUAGGCCUGACAAAAACACAAGAAGACUGAGUGCUUAUUAAAGUAAAGUAUUAUAAAUGCAAACUGUUUGGUGAGAGCACGGAUUUAAAGGGGAGAGAAGUGUGUUGGUCACAGGUGGGGCGAAGAAGUAAAAAAAAGAAUAGAAUGGGCAAUAAGCUGUCUUGUAGUUGCGCUCCCCUGAUCAGAAAGGCGUACCGUUACGAAGACUCCCCAUGGCAGACAGCAGCUAGGGGCGGAAUGGGCGGCGGCGUAGGUCGCAGGGGUGACACUGGCCACUUGCUCAGGUGCGGAAGCUUAAGAGAAAGGAAGAGGUUGUGGGCCGAAGUGUUCCACGUAAGCGCCAGCGGGGCAGGAACUGUAAAAUGGCAGCAGGUCUCGGAAGAUUUAGUUCCUGUAAAUAUUACUUGCAUUCAAGAUUCGCCGGAAUGCGUCUUCCAUAUCACCGCGUACAAUAGUCAAGUCGACAAAAUAUUAGACGUGCGACUGGUUCAACCAGGGACACGAAUCGGACAGGCGUCAGAAUGCUUCGUUUACUGGAAGGACACGAUGACUAACGAUACAUGGGGAUUGAAUUUUACCUCCCCUAUAGAUGCUAAACAAUUCAGAGAAUGUUGCUCACCGUCGUUCAAGAUUUCAAGGAAAGAGUCCUCUUCUUACUCAUUGAAGCUCGAACCACCGAACAAGCAGAAGAUCAAACCGCGAAGAAAGCCUCUGUCGACGCCUGGCUCGCCAAGCAGAUCCAGAGAGCCGCAAUGCACUUGCAUGACCCCGGAACAAUUCGCCAGACUACGAAAUCAAGAAGCCAGAUAUCGGAGUUUCUGCGAUACUUCUACUCUUCCACGUACCAUGGCACGAUCCACGGAAAUGGAAAUGACACCGGGUCGGGAGAAGAUCACAGCAGCAACGUCUAGCGCGUCCCUAUACGAUAACGUUAACAACACGAGCGCAACACCGGGGAAAACAUCGAAAGUGAGCGGUGACUCGACGAAACAGAAGGAGAAACAGAACGAAACGUGUCAGACGACACCGAAGACGGCAAACGUUGGAAUCGAAACGGUCACGGUUGGGUCACAGAUCGACAGCCCGGAGGAGAAAGGUACCAUGGCCUCGCCGAAGAAAUCACAGAAACAAAAUCAAGACACAUCUACUGAACAGAAUGGCACCGAGAUGCUAAAGUCGGAAGGCACUCAGGCGGGCGGUACAUUGCAAAACAGAUCGUCACGAAAGGAACAAUUGCAUCAUACGAAAUCGGCCGACUACACGGAUCUCGAGAUACAGAAUGGUAAUAUCUUCAAUACAGUGAAUAACAAUCACGGUGGAAAGAAACCGAAAAGCAAGAGCACCGACGACAUGAGAAUCGAGAAUGCGCAAAACGGUGGGAUCAGUUUGGAUUCGAACACGUUGAAGAGAAUGCUGAAACCGAUCUCGAGUAUCGAUAGUCCCGUCACGUCGCCGGAGAUGACCAGAAAACGGCACAGCCACCACAGUUACCAUUAUCAUCCGAGCAAUAACAACCAGAAGUACGUUAUGCAAGAGACUGAGAACGAAAAUUACGCGCAUCCGUAUCGUGCCCCGUACAGUAACAAAUUCCAGGCUUCCAGAAGUGUCCACGACAUGGGACGUCAGUAUACUGCCGACCGAGGCAGGACGUACUUGGACGCGGAGCGUAAUCGUUGCACAGGUGACAUGUCACCGCCGUCGGACAAUGUGAUCUUCGAUAAUCAGUGCUACGCUACUACGCCGAGCUCGUCGAACGGUAACUCGGACAUGGAACAGCCGACCCAUUGUAAUUCGCGACAUUGCAACCGGAGUCAGACAUAUCAACAGCAGCAAAACAUGCAAUCCGUUUCGACGCCCGGCAGUCCGACCAGCAGACUGCUGCUCGAGUACGAGAUGCACUUGAGGAACACGUUGGAGAAGGGGAUGGACGCGGAGAGUUAUAGCCUGCGUACGUUCGAGGCGCUCCUCACCCAAAGUAUGGAAAAUUUAGAAUUUGCGGAGAAUAUACCACUGAAUGUACAGCGCACACCUCACGUUUCACGAAGACGUCCCGGUGCCAACAACAAAUCGUCGACCUUGCCGCUGUCGUAUCGUUAUUGCACCGAGAGACAGAACAGCAAAGAUAGGGACGGUUACUAUAGCGAUCGCAAUGAAAUGAUACGAGAGAAGAGAGAAAGGGAUGCUGAUCGAGAUCGUGGAUACCUUAGCGAUUACAAUUCUAGAGGCACUUUCGACAGGCAGGACAGCGUGAGAUCGGACUACAUGUCCGACAGGGACGGUAGAUACGGAAUCGUUCAGCAAGCUUCAUUGGAGAGCACAGACUCGAGACUUUGUUAUUUAACGUCCUCGGAGGGACUUAUUUGA